GCCGUGCCGCGAGUCAGUCGCGCCCGGAGCGCGGGUCUGGUCAGCGUCUCCGGUGCAGUGUCUCCGGGCGGCGACGCGGGACCUCGAAGGGCCAUGGCAGCACCCCCUGUCAAAGGGAAAAGAAAACAGUCAGAGGAGGGCGAAGCCUUGGAGCCCCCUGCGUCCCCUAAACCGGAUGGUGCGCAGAGCAGGAGCCAGAGCCCCAUCCAGCUGGAGGACGCCCCCGAGGCAGGCAGGGAGCGGGAGGAGGAGCAGGCCUUCCUGGUCAGCCUCUACAAGUUCAUGAAGGAGCGGCACACACCCAUCGAGAGGGUGCCCCAUCUCGGCUUCAAGCAGAUUAACCUCUGGAAGAUCCACAAGGCGGUGGAGAAGCUGGGGGCCUACGAGCUGGUGACAGGCCGCCGCCUGUGGAAGAACGUGUACGAUGAGCUGGGGGGGAGCCCAGGCAGCACGAGUGCAGCCACGUGCACGCGCCGCCACUAUGAGAGGCUGGUCCUCCCGUACGUCCGGCACCUGAAGGGAGAGGACGACAAGCCGUUGCCCCCCUCCAAGCCCAGGAAACAGUACAAGGUGGCCAAGGAGCCCCGGGGGGAUGACGGGGCCACCGAGAGGCCAAAGAAGGCCAAGGAGGAGAGGCAGGUGGACCAGACGGUGCCAGGAAAGACCGAGACGGGCACAGACCUGGCACAGCUGCCCAGCCAGGAGCCCCCCAAGGACAGCACAGAACAGCAGGGCCCAGUGCCCGGGACCUCUCUGCCCCUUGUGGGUGCCGGCGGCUGCCCUGAGGCUUACAAGCGGCUCCUGUCCAGCUUCUGCAAAGGGACACAUGGCAUCAUGUCACCACUGGCCAAAAAGAAGCUCCUGGCCCACGUCAGCAAGGCAGAGGCCUUGCAGUGCCAGGAGGAGGGCUGUCUCCACGGAGCGGGUGGCCCCAGCAGGGAGCCCCUGGAGCGCCCCCGGAGCCCCGAGAGGCUGGCUGAGAGUUCCAGGCCCCAGCUGCCCCCUCAGGGACCACAGGCCCUCGGUGGUACCCCCAGGGUGGAGGCCCUGGCGGAGGCCCAGGCGGGCCCCAGCCCACCAGCCCCCGUUUUCACAGGCUGUUUCCGUGCCUGCCGCACUGAGGUGCUGAAGCCCGUCAGCCGGCAUCCCCGGGACUUCUUCUCCAGCCUGAAGGACAGGGUGCUGUCGGAGCCUCCCGGCAAAGAAGAGGGGCCUUCGGCCAAAGAGCCCCCACUGAUGUGGGGUGGGGACGCCAGCCGUCCCUCUGCAUUCCAUAGAGGUGGCUCCAGAAGAAGCAGCUUCUACCCCAAGCCCAAAGCCUGCUGGGUGUCCCCCAUGGCCAAAGUCCCUGCUGAGAGCCCAGGGGCCCCACCCCUGCUCCCCGGCAGCCCAGGCCUGGGCAACAAGCGCACCUGGGAAGAAGAGGGCUUUGCCCACAGCAGCAAAAAACUUCGGGCAGUGUCUCCCUUCCUUAAGGAGACAGAUGCCAAGGAGGGCAGGACCAAGCCCACAGCACCUGGCCUGGCUGUCUCGUGCCUGCUGGGCCCAGGGCUGGGGCCUGCCCCGCUGGACGGCCACAGGGGUCCCAUGCUACAGUGCCCACUCAACUUCGCUAGCACCUCAGACCCUUUAAAGGGUCAGGCUGCUCUCCCUUUCAGCCCCCUGGUCGUCCCUGCCUUCCCGGCCCACUUCCUGGCCACUACAGGCCCUGCACCCAUGGCCGCUGGCCUGAUGCACUUUCCCCCCACCUCCUUUGACAGCACCCUCCGCCACAGACUUGGCCCGGCUUCAUCAGUCUGGCACGUGCCACCCAUCGCAGCCUACGCAGCACCCCACUUCCUGCACCUCAACACCAAGCUGUAGGUCAGCCUGCUGUGAAGGCUGGUGGCUCUGCUGCGGCCUGCACUGGGUGGCCUGGCCCAGGCAAAGAGGGAGGCAGUGGGAACUGGCUUGUCUCAGGAAGCAGCCCAAGGCCUUGGAAGGUUGGGGCAGGGUGGGCAACUCCCUCUUGGCCCCCCAGAACAGAGCCCAGGAGCAGGGGAGGGGCCGAGGAGCUGGACAGCAGACGGAGGCGUCCAGGUCUCCCACAGAAAGUCUAAUAAAAACCCCAGUGUGAUUGCUGCCAGCCCUAAGGUGUGUACAGUGGGACCUUUGCAAGGACAGACAAGGUGGACACAGGCCUGUGGGUGGGACCACCAGUGCAGGAGCCACCCUGGGAUCUGGAGGCCACCAGUCCACUGAAGAGCAGGCCCACAGCAAAACAUGGCCUCCUGAGCUCAUCCCAGUAGGCCUGGGGCUUGUUCUGGGCCUUCCACCCAUUUCCCUGACUCAGCCUGGGGCUACUGGGAGUCACAACAGGCAGGGGACAGGCUCUGGCAGGCCAGGACUGGGCCACACAGUGCAGCCAGCCCUGGUGACUCCAGCAGAGGAGGACUUUGUUUCUUGCUGCCCCAGGCUGGUCUCUCCUGGGCUCAGUGGGACUCCGAGGCUGCCCUCUGGUGCCUGCGGGGCAGUGUUGACCAGUAAGCCUGAGCCCCAGGCUGGGCUGCCCUCAUGGCGGACGCUUCACAAGGGCUCCUGGGGAGGCAGUGCUGCUGUGGGGCCACGCUGGCCUUGGGUCUGCACCAUCAGUGCCCGUUCUGCCUGCUGGAGCCAUGGCGGUAGGGAGCUCCGGCUGCAGACUGGAGAGCACGGGUGGGGCAGCUGAUGACAGAACCCAGGACAUGCCUGGCACUGGGAACUGGGUGGCCAGGGAAGGAGGCGGGUGCCUCCCAAGCAGGGUGUCGGUCACCACUGUUGUGGGUACUUAGACUCUGCAGGGGCAUCUCCUGGUUCCUCACCUCUUUCCUAAGGGGCACCAAGAUGCCAGCUUAAUUGUGUGUGACCUACCUAUAUCAUAUGUGUCCACAUGCUGCCAUCUUUCCAAGCCUGUGGACGCCCAGUGGGUGACAAGGCAGAGGAACUGAGUCCUGCCCAUGCUCCUCCACAGGUCAUGGGGAGUCAUCCCCUGGAUGAGAGGAGGUGAGGUAUCCUGCCUGGGAUGGGGAGGGAUCUGCAGGGUCCCCUUCACCUGCAGAGCAACACUGGCUUCACCUGGUACAGUGGUGGCCUUGUGGCCCAGGCAGGGCUUGGGUACAGAUCUCAUCACCGUGGUCAUGGCGCCCUCUGGAGGCAGGUGUGGGGAAUGCGCACCUGUCCUAAGUGUAUGGAUGGAUGCAGGAGCCCCUGCGGCAGGAGCUGGCAGGCUGCAGAGGUGGAAGGGCAGCAGAUAAAUAAAACAGCAUAUGGAAACGGUGCUUCCGAGGAAAA